CCGGCUUGGGGUUUGGAGGUGCAAUGGCUGCAGCGCCGGUGUUGGAAGCCCCCUCGCUGGUGGAUCGCUACUUCACGCGCUGGUACCGAGCAGAUGUGAAGGGCCGCCUGGGCGAGGACCACUGCAUCCUGCAACACUCCAACAGGCUUUGUGUCAUCACACUAGCAGAAGCUCAUCCUCUUCUUCAAAAUGGAAAAACAAUUAAAAGUGUUGACUAUCAAAUCAGUGCCCAUUGUAGCAGGCUCCAGAACAAGGUGUCGGGGAAAUCCAAGCGGGGGGCUCAAUUUCUAACAGAACUGGCCCCUCUGUGUAGGAUAUCAUGCUCAGAUGGAGACGAAUAUACUAUAUAUAGCUGUAUAAGAGGGCGAUUGAUGGAGGUGAAUGAGAAUAUUCUUAAAAGGCCUUCUAUUUUGCAGGAAAAGCCAGCCACAGAGGGAUACAUUGCAGUUGUGCUACCUAAAUUUGAAGAAAGCAAGACCAUUACUGAAGGGUUAUUAAGCCAGAAGGAGUAUGAAGAAAUUGUGAUUAAACGCACCAAUACCCCAACUGUGGAAUGCUGUUAAAAAAAAACAACCCAUCCAGAAGUCUUCCUGAGAUGACACUAUCUCCCAAACAGGGAAGCUACUUAAAGGAAGGGUUCAUUUUACCUUUUUUUUUUUUAUGGUGUUUAAGUGCUUACUAUGUGUCAAGCACUGUACUAAGAGCUGGGGUAGAUAAGAGAUAAUCAGGUCAGAUACAAUCCCUGUUCCACAUGGACUUCCGCAAGAGUUGUAGAUAAAGUAACUUUUCAUUGUAUAUGAUAACUGCAAAGUGUAAAAGGAAUCAUGAAUUUCUCCCAAGAGGUGCUAAAUCUGCACAAUUGUUUGCUAUAUUCACUUAUGAAAGGAAAUUACUUAGUUUGCUUUAUGGAUUAUUAUACAAUGCAGCUGUAGAAGAGCAGUGUUAGUGUCCAAUAUCAUACAUCUGAUGUAGUCGUGCAAAUUUUUUUUUCUUCAGAAGUGACUCAAAAACCAACCCUGGAUUAUAAUUUUUUAAGACAGAAACAAAUCAUGACCUAAUCAUAGGACUUUGCCAGUCAGUCGUUUCAAAAGCAGCAAAAUUGGAAGCUAAUAUCCCUUUAUAAUCAAGAGUAUUAAAGUAUUGCAAGGUUUGAGAUGCAUUUGUUGAAAGCA